AUGUGCCGUGGGAAACCAGAAGCGUUCGCUGAGCUUCAGCUUUUAACAUGGAGACAUUUUAGUGAAAAUGGAAUAAUGGCGGAGGGAAUCCACACAGAUGAAUAUGGGCGGUUUGAUAUCUAUGGAUACAUCGAUCAGUAUUUUCGACCCGCCGGCCGUUUAUGGAUCUGGCACGAAUGUUUUAAGGAUGUUCAAGCUCAGAGAGGUCAAUGCAAAAACUGGAAAGAAUUCAAUAUUCCUGGAGAAUUUGUGAAUCGAGGAAAACUGCCAAGAAUUGUUUGGAAUAUGGGGAGCAUUCAUUUGGACGCGGAACAAGGAGAUUAUUUGGACAAGUGCAAAAAAUAA